CAGGAGUUUUCUUCAUCUUUCUCAGCUUUCACGUUAGUUUGCAAUCGGCCGGGUCUUCUUUUCUCUCUUGAUCCCUAACUUGGUUCGCUGUUUCUCGAGGAUGAAUCAUCGCGGCGGCAGAGGUCGAGGAAACACCGGGUAUACUGCGGGAGGUCGAUCCUCCCACAACCCUUCAGGCUCUAGCUAUUCAUGUCGCGGCAGGCAUAGUGGAACUCGUGGCACUUCACAUGGUGCCACAUCUGGUAGCAUGAAUCAGCAAUGGAAGGUGAAGGGUUCUACAGAUCAGAUGUCAGUGAACAGCAUUUGUUCAGAAACUGAAGAUCUUAAGCUGCACGAGACAUCUCCCGAAGAAGGAAAUAAAAGUUCUAAAGUAGAGAAUUCGUUUCCUAACUCUGAACCAGGUCUAAAGAACGAGUUAUCUACAUCGUCGUCAUCAUCUGCUAAAUGUGAUUUGAAACCUGAUGAGCGUGCUCCCAUUAUGGAAGGAAAAACACAAACUGCGCUUUCCAAAGAGGAACGCGAUGACAAGAAAAUAAAUGAUAAGUUAAUGCCAAGCUUUGGCACCACUGAAAAUGUUGUCCGCGUGUCUUCUGAUGAUCCAUUUGAUAUUUGCCCUGUUAAGGCGGGCUUCGUUUUGAAACCUUCUUUGCUUGAUAAGAACAAAAUGAAGCGAAAGGAAGACAAACUGUCUGCAGAAGGUCAGAGCACGAGCUAUUUGAGGCCUGGGAUGCUUCUUCUUAAAGGAUUCCUAAGUUUCAGUGAUCAGAUUAGGAUAGUGAAGUUAUGCCGGGAUCUGGGGUUGGGUCAUGGAGGUUUCUACCAACCGGGUUACAAAGAUGGAUCAAAGUUACAUUUGAAAAUGAUGUGUCUUGGUCAGAACUGGGACCCCGAGACAAGCAAGUAUGGGGAAGUACGAUGUGAUGGAGCUAGACCACCUCCAAUUCCUAAUGAACUUAAGGAACUGGUGGAAAAUGUGCUACUUAAAAGUCACACCUUUUUGAAAGAGUUCCACAAGGUACACAACGCCUCCCAGGAACUUCCACUGAUGUCGCCAGACAUUUGUAUUGUCAAUUUUUAUACGAAAACUGGUCGGCUUGGUCUCCAUCAGGAUAAAGAUGAAAGCCUAGAAAGUAUUAAUCGAGGACUACCUGUAGUCUCCUUUUCUAUAGGUGACUCGGCUGAGUUCCUAUACAGUGACUAUCCUGACAACAAUCCAGACAAAGUAGAGCUUAAAUCAGGAGAUGUCCUGAUAUUUGGUGGAAAAUCUCGUAAGGUGUUUCAUGGUGUUUCAAGCAUCAUCUCCGAUUCUACUUCCAAGGCCUUGCUUGAAGAAACUAAUUUGCGACCUGGACGUAUCAACCUCACUUUUAGGAAGUUCUAGUGACAACUGUUUGUAUGUAAUACAUCCAGGUAUGUGAGUUAUAUGCUUUGAGUAAUCCAUAUAUCUUAAGUUGUGGAAACAUGGAAAUUGACUUUUGUGUUUCUAAAAGUGCCAACACCCAUCUAGCUAUCUCUAUUGAUGUGUCUUGUUUUUUUUACUUCUUUGGAAAUCUAUAACUUGAAGAAUGAGGUUUGACAAA